CAUUUUAUUUUGAAAUCUCUAGCCGGAAGUGCAUCUACGUUGUGUGUUAUCUAACUUGACAGUGAAGGAAGCUGCUGGACAGAAAACUUCUCCCAGUCACCAAUCUUUUUCCACGUUGACCCUGUUUUUUUUUUUUUUUACCAGGGGAAGGGGGGGCGGUGACAGUGUCUUAAGUAUCCGUGUGAAGGUGCGCAGACACCGGCCUGCUCAGCUCCACCGACCCGCUCUCACUUUGUUUACUACCAGGGCUCAGUUAGCCUGCAGAAGCUAACUCCAGCUAACCCUUGGAGGCUAAAACAGAGCUGUGCCUCUUUUGACUUAUUGUUUUGUUGUUGUUGUUUUUUAAGUCCCCCCCACCCCCACCACCACCUCCCCCCUUCUUCCUCCAAGCAGCAGAGACAGGGAUGUGGAGGGUAACUCUGCAGGCGCUCGGUGUCCUGCUGCUGGCCUGGUUCUUCAGCAGCUUUGUGCUCGGAUGGUUUCAACUCAACAGUGGGAAGAAGCCUCAAACGCAGCACAGCGAGAAGCAAGCAGGAGCCGCAGCUGACCAGAGCUGCUUCUGCCAGCUGACGGGAGUCCUGGACGACUGCUUCUGUGACGUUGAGAGCAUCGACAGCUUCAACAACUUCAAGAUUUACCCUCGAAUCCAGAAACUGACGGAGAGAGAUUACUUCAGAUACUACAGGUAACCAGAGUAAACAGGCGUUUGCUGAUUGGGCGAGACACGACGACGCCCAGGAUCACUUCUGUGAGCUGGAUGAUGAAACGUCUCCAGAUGCAGAGUACGUGGACCUGCUGUUGAACCCGGAGCGUUUCACCGGAUAUAAAGGUCCUUCAGCCUGGAGGGUCUGGAACAGCAUCUACGAGGAGAACUGCUUCAAGCCCAGAUCAGUGUACCGACCUCUGAACCCUCUGGCUCCCAGCAGAGGAGACGACGACGGAGAAGGUUUCUACACCUGGCUUGAAGGUUUGUGUUUAGAGAAGAGAGUUUUCUACCGACUCAUCUCCGGACUUCACAGCAGCAUCAACAUCCACCUGUGUGCAGAAUACCUGCUUGACGAGGGCUGGGGCCGGUCGAUCUGGGGUCCAAACAUCCAGGAGUUCAGGCAGCGCUUCGACACGGCGGAGACGAAGGGCGAAGGCAUCCGACGGCUGAAGAACCUCUACUUCCUGUAUCUGAUCGAGCUGCGAGCGCUCUACAAGGUGUCGCCGUACUUUGAACGAGCUUUCAUCAACUUGUACACUGGAAACUCUCAAGAGGACGGAUCCACCAAGGAGCUGCUGCUGCAGUUCUUCAGUGAGAUCAAAUCUUUCCCGAUGCACUUUGAUGAGAAGUCCAUGUUCGCCGGACAUAAGUUGGAGGCAAAAACAUUAAAGGAGGAAUUUCGCCUCCAUUUCAAAAACAUCUCCAAGAUAAUGGACUGUGUUGGCUGCAGUAAAUGUCGACUGUGGGGAAAACUGCAGACUGAGGGUCUCGGCACAGCGCUGAAGAUCCUCUUCUCUGAGAGGGAGAUCAAGAACCUUCCUGAACAUUACCCCUCCAAAGGCUUCCAGCUCACCCGACAAGAGAUCGUGGCCUUACUGAACGGCUUUAGCAGGUUGUCCACCAGUAUACAUCAGCUCCACAGCUUCCGCCUGAUGUUGAAGGAAAAGGGGAAGAGGUAACAGAACGCGACGCUCCACCUGACCAGCAGGUGGCGCCUACCCACCGAGAACUGCAGCAGUCUAAUCGUGGCUCAGACGAAGACCUUUUAGUGACCAUCAGGACCAGCAAUGAGCAGCUUCCCUCCUCCCCCCCCCCCCCCCCCUAAACCUGCUCGAUCUUGUCGCAUUAAUCUCUCGUUUUCCUGCUGCGACGUAGACAUUCGCUCCUCUACUUCCUCUCUCGCUAACGUCAGAAACGUCUCUCGGUUUUUCUUUUUUCUUUUGUGAAACUUGUCGUGACAAAUUUCAACCGAUUUUCAUUCUCUCUCUCUCUCUCUCUCUCUCUCUCUCUCUCUCUCUCUCUCUCUCUCUUUUGUUUAUUUUUAUUUUUUAAGUUUCUUUUUGAGAAGUUGUGACAUUUGACAGCCUGAAAAGAAACGAUUAGACGGCGUGUAACUUGAAAGUCGACCAAACCGCCAGUGACGAGACGAAGCCUGGACGUAGUGAUGUAUUCACACCGAGUUAGAUUCAAAGCAGUUAAGUCCUCUCUCUUCCUUCGCUGACUCACAUCCUGUUGGAUUUCUUACAACCACGUGAACCCGAUUCAGACCUUCUGUAAGGAUGUAGAAACACUUUGUCCUGAUUGAAAAAGUCUGUUAGGACUGACCCAGUUUGUCCUGAUGAAAGUGCGUCCGAACCCGUCGUGACGCUGCUGCCUAUCCUAUUGGUUUGUUUGUUUGUUUGUUUGUUUGUUUGUUUGUUUGUUUGUUUGUUUGUUUGUUUCCUCUCCUUUCUUUCAUCCUCCUGUCGUUUGCAGAGAAGAUUGUCGCUCACAGUUUGAGGAUCUGGACCAAUCCGCUUGCGUUAAACCAACUCAGGCCUCAUUCAUGUCAGCUCGCUAGGAGGUGUGUGUGUGUGUUUGUGUGUGUGUACUUGAAAGAAGUUUGGCUCCUUUGUCGUCGCCUUGUUGCUAACAGCUGAUUUCACUAUGAAUUUAGUUCUCAUAUUGCUGCCUGACUCUGAUCUGUGAGGAAGAAUUAAUGAAUGGAGAAUUUGGCGGUAAAAAAAACAAACACUAAAAACUGUUAAAAGUUUUUCGAUUUAGAAACUGAAGCUCCCUACAAAUGUGAGUCAGCUGAACUUUAGUUUAAUAGGAAGUUCAAAGUCUUCUGAUGAGUUUUGCUUUGAAUCUUUUCCAUGUUUAUUUUUCUAGAAACUUAAAUAAAAGAGUUGAGUCAU